AAUAGAAUACAUAGUAGCGUAUCUGCAGUCCUACAAAAAGAAUUUCAGCAAAGCAGAAAUCGAAGGAGAGGAAAAUCUAGUGAAAAUAGAAAUGGAGUACUCUAAAGUACCAAUGAGGUCCUCAUCCAUGGGUGAAGAAGAUGAACAUCUGGAACCAUCUACUCCAACCGGACAAUAUUAUAGCAGUUCUUCGCUCUCCAUGAGCAUUCUUGCAGUUUUGGAAUUAGAAAUUCCAAUCGAUGACUCCCAAACUAUGUCAUUGCUUGAGAAUGUUUUCCUCCCCAUUAACCCGCGUUUCUCCUCCCUCUUGGUUACAGGAGAAAAUGGAGAAAAACAUUGGAAGAAGGUUACGGUCAAUCUGGAUGACCACGUCAAGGUUCCAUUGUUUGAAGAAGGGUUACCGGUGGAAUGCUACGAUGAGUACCUCCAAGAAUAUUUAUCAAAGAUAGCUAUGGAGCGGCUACCACAAAGUAGACCGUUAUGGGAGAUUUACAUAUUCAAGUACCCUACAAGCAAUGCAGCUGGGACAGUUGUGUUUAAACUUCAUCAUGCCCUGGGUGAUGGAUAUUCACUCAUGGGUGCUCUCUUUAGCUGUUUACAAAGAUCUGAUAAUCCUUCUCUUCCUUUAGCUUUUCCAAAGAUCCGAUCCGACGAUUACAUGAAUAAGAAAAAGAGUGUUUUUGAGACUUUGUCCAUGUUCAAGAACACUAUAACGGAUUUCACUUGGAGUCUUUGGAAGGGUAUGUUGGAGGAUCAUGCUAGCCCUAUUAGGUCAGCUAAAGAGGGAGUUGAGUUUAGGCCAGUUUCAAUCUCUACUGUCACCUUUUCUCUUGAUCAGAUCAAAGAAAUCAAAGCAAAGCUUGGUGGGACGCUUAACGAUGUGAUCGUUGGUGUAAUAUUUUAUGGAAUAAGACUAUACAUGGAGACUGCAAGCAAGGGUGCUGGCAAUGCACGUUCAACGGCUCUAGUUCUACUCAACACUAGGGAAAUAACCACUUAUCAAUCAGUCGAGGAAAUGGGGAAAUCAGAAACCAAAGGUCCAUGGGGUAACAACUUCGGCUUUAUCCAUGUCUCCAUCCCUAAUGCAACCAAUCUUGAUAAUUCCGAUCCACUAGAAUUUGUAUUUGAAGCUAAGGAAAUGAUCACGAAGAAGAAGAACUCCUUGGUCGUUUAUCUAACUGGAAAAUUAAUCGAUCUAAUGAGCAAACUAAGAGGUCCAGAGGAAACCUCUAAAUACAUACGUGAUGUCAUUUGGAAGUCAAGCAUGGCCAUAUCAAAUUUGAUAGGACCGGUGGAGAAAAUAUCUCUAGCAAACCAUCCUGUUAAGAGUAUCUACUUUAUGGUGGUGAAUGUUCCUCAGAGUCUCAUGGUAACAAUGGUGAGCUACAUGGGAAAGAUGAAGAUAGCAGUUGGAGCUGAGAAAGAAUUGAUUGAUCAUACAUUGUUCAACGCUUGCUUAGAUGAGGCAUUUGAGAUAAUUUUCAAAGUUGUUAUACUCAGUUCCUCGGGAUUAGACAAUCUAUAUAUCAUUUAUUUAUUUCGUUUUGUGAAUGUUAAUGUUUUCUAUUUGAAUAAUAUAUUUUCAAGUUCUGCUGGUAAUAUUCUGAAGAUGGAUAAUUCCAUAUCUGAAAGAUCAGAAACUUCGAUUGAUCUGUCUAGUUUACCUGAAUGUAGUAAGCGUGGUGAUGAGAUACCUGAAAAAGCAGGGGUCUAA